GACUCGAACACCAGCAGGGUAAUCUGCCUUCAAUAUAUUUUCAGGUCAGUGGCGUAAUAGGUUCAGUUUGUUUGGGAACAGAGAGAAGACCCUACUGUUCGUUUUCUAGACGUGAAAAUAACAGCUAUACCAUUGAUGAAUACGUGACGAAAAUUCCUACCACCUACCGAGGUUAUAUUCCCCUCUACAAUAAAUAGCACUUUGUCAUAAACCAAAAGACACUAGUGUACUAAUGGAGGAUAAAAAGGAGGAGGGGGAAGCGGAGAUCCAGGAACACGGCCCCGAACAUUGGUUCUCGAAAUGGGAGCGGCAGUGUUUAGCCGAGGCCGAGCAGGAGGAACCCAGCGAAGAAGAGGCCGACCAGAGCCAGCAGAAAAUGUGGCAUCUCUUCCAGAAUUCUGCCACCGCUGUCGCACAGCUCUACAAAGACCGAGUUUGCCAGCAACAGGGACUGUCACUGUGGGUACCUUUUCAAAAUGCUGCAACAGCUGUCACCAAUCUCUAUAAAGAAAGCGUGGAAGCCCACCAGAGGAGUUACGACCUAGGAAUUCAGAUCGGCUAUCAGCGCCGCAACAAGGACGUUCUGGCGUGGGUUAAAAAGCGCAGGAGAACCAUCCGCCGGGAGGACUUGAUCAGUUUCCUUUGCGGGAAGGCCCCCCCGCCACGGACUUCUAAAGCCCCGCCCAAACUGACUGUCAUGUCUCCCAACCGGGCGCCUUCCACAGAAACUAGCUCCUCCGUAGAGACAGACCUGCAGCCCUUCAGAGAAGCCAUAGCGCUGCACGGCCUGAGCGGGGCGAUGGCGAGCAUCAGCGUGCGCUCGGGCGCCCCCGGCUCGCCCACCCACGUGAGCGGCAGCUCCAACCCGGGCCGGCGGAGAAACGGCCUGCACGACGUGGACUUGAACACUUUCAUCUCCGAGGAGAUGGCCCUGCACCUGGACAACGGCAGCACGCGCAAGCGGGCCUCGGUCCAGUGCGACGUCAUCACAGACUCCCCCACCCAUAAACGCAACCGGAUGAUCUAGAGCGGAGACCCCCCGCGCCCGGCCCCGCCCGUCAACGCACUGUGCUGCUUAAAAUAAAAACGCCACUUAAUCCUCAACCCCUCUUUCUGCUCCCCCCCCCCCCCCUACCCUACAAAAGAAAUGGGCCAGGGGUGUCCAAAAGCCGAGGGGGGGAAAAAGCCCCCCGGUUAUUGAAUUUCGUUGAUUUGCCCACAAUGUUAGACGCCUCGGGCUAAUAAUGUCUGUUACCUAUCCAUCUCGGAGGAUUUCCGUUAGUACAAUGAUCAUCACAGGUGAACAUUUACCAGUUCUAAGGCUGAAGUUACGCCCAUCCAGUGCAAUGGAUGGGUACAGAAUCUUGACAGGGCUUGUUUUUUGGUUUCUGUGUCCUGGUCGUUUUGUUUCUGCUCGGAGUAUACGCUUCACCAGUGUUCAUCACAAUGUUUUCCUCUGCAGUCUCACCUUCACGCCAUGUUAGUCCUUGGCAGCACAUUGACUUUGAAGGGUGUAGAUCCACCUCCAUCGAAAUGGUAGUGUGCAGAAAAAAAAAAAAAAAUUAAAAUAAUUGUGAAUUAAUAUUGGAGUUUUCCCAAAUUUAAUAUGGUCUCGUUCGACGCAGCUGGUAAUCGUGUGACAUAGCGAGCGAGACUCUGAUGGUCAUGCACUUAAUACCUAGUACAUCCAGUACAAUUAUCGUUUUUUAUUUUUUUGUUUUUAUUUUUUUUGGGAUUCACUUUUUAGUGUUCCAGAAUAACACAAAUUUCAAAUCCUUUCUCCUUCAAGCAAUCUCAUAGAAUUCCUUUUUUUGUCAGUAGUUAAGAAUAUCUAAUGUAUAUACUUAACAUUUAGGUGCUGGUAUGAUACAUGUGGUACAUAUUGUAAAAAAGAAAAAAGAAAAAAACAAACAAAAAAAAACCAUUGAAUGGUUAUUAAUGUGUAAUAAUGAUUCUUGCAUUAAAGAAACCAAGCUUUUAA